CUAUCCUUUUCCAGCAUCGGCAUCGUUUUGUCUGAUUGCACGCUCUCUUUCUCGGCUGGCACAGGGACAAGAACGCGUAGCGUUAGCGCUUGGUUACCGCAGUUCAAUUCGGCAUCUUUUGGGGGGAAAUGAAGUAACUUAUGAGUCAGUUUGUUGUUUUGUUUCCAGUUUGGGAUUUGAUUUGCUCGUCGUCUUCUUAGCGUCUGCUAGCUACAAGUGCUGCACCGUUACACUGGCUAGUUUUCAAGCCACCUGAUCCAGGGAUUGGCGAGUAUCUGCCCACUAACCUGUGUUGCGAUCAGUUUGCUGCAUGUAGCGCAGAUCAUGAUGUUAAUCUAUCUGUCCGUGGGCUGUUUUCUGUUCCGCUUGCUAGCUAAUGUAGACCUUUUAUUAUACCUUUAUGUUUAUAUAACGACCGCUUGUUUACGUGUUUGUCGGUUGCAGGUUGCAGUCUUAUGACCGGUUGAACAUUUCUGUUCAUGGUGAAGAUUGUAAAUUGAUUGAAUGAAUGAUGUGUGUGUGUAGCUGGCUAGCAUUCGCUAUCAAACUAGUUAACUGACCCUGCUAACUAGGCGGAGCAUGUUUUAUUUUCUCUUUUCCCAAUACAUCACAGAGCUGUGGUAAAGCUUUGUAAGCCCUUGGGCAAAGCAGUGUUUAAAGUAGCUAGCUCUGUCAGCUAACGCUAGCCGCUGACCAGCUCGGGUUAACGCCGGCGCAAUGCAUUUUCAAUUAGCGCGGGGUUACUACCGGUCACCGCGUGCUGUGCUUAGUAAAGCCAAACGCAAAGAUUUAACUUCACUAAUCGCUACACACUAAUGGCUGUUGUGUGUGACAUGAUAUGAUAGUUUGCAAAGCAGCAAUGUUUGCUUUCUUUUGUUUGUUUGUUUUAUCACCUGCAAUUGUUGCGCCGAUGCCGAAGGCCCUGAUAUCCUUCUUUCAGUAAUAAAUAGCAAACAGGUUCAUGGUAACAUCUCCUAGUUAGUCAUGUUGUUUACCGAACUACAGAUAUGUGUAAUUUGGUUUAAAUGUAUUUCACUUUAUCUUUCGUUAGAAGCAGUUGCCCGCCUGCCCGAUUCUGCGCGGCCCAGCCUGUUUAACAGCGAUGCGUUCGUGCCUGUGUGGGGUCAGAGAGUUGAAGUCAGGCCGUUGCCAUGGCGCUGAAGGAGAGGAUGGAGGCGGUGCUGAACGUGGGGCUGCGCGUGCCCAGCAUCAUGCUGCUGGACGUGCUGUACCGCUGGGACGUCAGCUCCUUCUUCCAGAAGAUCCAGCGUAGCAGCCUCAGCAACAACCCCCUCUUCCAGUACAAGUACCUGGCCCUCUACCUGCACUACGUGGGUUAUAUCCUGAGCCUGGUGUUGCUAACCCUCCCCCGACAGCACCUGGUGCAGCUCUACCUGUACGUCCUCACUGCCCUGCUGCUAUUCGCUGGACACCAGAUCUCCAGGGACUAUGUUCGCAGCGAGCUGGAGUCGGGCUACGAGGGGCCGCUGUACCUAGAGCCGCUCUCUACGAACCGAUUCACCACCGCCCUCAUCUGCCAGCUGGUGGUGUGCACGCUCUGCUCCUGCGUGAUGCAGACCAAGCAGAUCUGGCUGUUCUCGGCUCACCUGCUCCCCCUGGUGGCCCGACUGUGCCUGGUCCCCCUGGAGGCCGUCGUCUUUGUAAACCGCUUCGCCAUGAUCUUCACCGGCCUGGAGGUGCUCUACUUCCUGGCGUCCAACCUGCUGGUGCCCUACAACCUGGCCAAGACGGCGUUCCGCGAGCUGGUGCAGGUGGUGGAGGUGUACGGUCUCUUGGCCCUGGGCAUGUCGCUGUGGAACCAGCUGGUGCUGCCCGUGCUCUUCAUGUGCUUCUGGCUGGUGCUGUUCUCCCUGCAGAUCUACUCCUACUUCAGCACCCGCGACCAGCCCACGUCCCGCCAGAGGCUGCUCUUCCUCUUCCUCACCAGUAUUGCAGAGUGCUGCAGCACGCCGUACAGCCUGCUGGGCCUGGUCUUCACCGUGUCCUUCGUGGCGCUGGGCGUGCUCACGCUCUGCAAGUUCUACCUGCAGGGCUACCGAGCCUUCAUGAACGACAACACCGUGCACAGGGGUAUGACGGAGGGGAUCACCCUCCUCAUCCUCGCUGUGCAGACGGGGCUGAUCGAGCUGCAGGUCAUCCACAGAGCCUUCCUCCUCAGCAUCAUCCUCUUCAUCGUGGUGGCGUCCAUCCUGCAGUCCAUGCUGGAGAUCGCCGACCCCAUCGUGCUGGCCCUGGGGGCGUCCCGGGACAAGAGCCUGUGGAAGCACUUUCGGGCGGUGUCCCUGUGCUUGUUCCUGCUUGUGUUCCCCGCCUACAUGGCCUACAUGAUCUGCCAGUUCUUCCACAUGGACUUCUGGCUCCUCAUCAUCAUCUCCUCCAGCAUCCUCACCUCCCUGCAGGUCCUGGGCACGCUGCUGAUCUACGUGCUCUUCAUGGUGGAGGAGUGGCGGAAGCGUCCGGUGGAGAACAUGGAUGAUGUCAUCUACUACGUGAACGGGACGUACCGGCUGCUGGAGUUCCUGGUGGCGCUGUGCGUGGUGGCGUACGGCGUGUCCGAGACGCUCUUCGGCGAGUGGACGGUCAUGGGCUCCACCAUCAUCUUCAUCCACUCGUACUACAACGUGUGGCUGCGCGCCCAGCUGGGCUGGCAGAGCUUCCUGCUGCGCCGCGACGCCGUCAGCAAGAUCCAGAGCAUGCCCACCGCCACCAGCCUGCAGCUGCAGCGCCACAACGACAUCUGCUCCAUCUGCUUCCAGGACAUGGUGUGCGCAGUGAUCACCCCUUGCGUUCAUUUCUUCCACGCUGGCUGUCUGAAGAAGUGGCUGUACGUGCAGGAGACCUGUCCGCUGUGUCACAGCCAGCUGAGGAGCCAAUCACAGGCUGCCGCCACUCCCGCCCCUCCCGCCCCCCUCCAGGACGUUCCUCUGCCAGCCAAUGAGAAUGCGGCGGGGGCGGAGCCCGCCGACCCUGGCGUGCCUGGGGCUCUGGGUGGUAACCCUGACAACGGGGCUGAACUGGGACCCCAGGGGGAGGGGUCGUCCGUUCCCCUGGCCCCAGCCCUCGACCCCAGAUGGGACGGGGUGCGGUCUGAGUGCGGCGGUGUGUGGGACGGGCGAGCCCCCCCUCUGUCGGAACCGCUGGGGGGCACCUCGAGUGGAUCGGCUCCAUGUGCUCCUCACCCAGCAGGGCCUGGCCCCUCCCCCGCCCCUUGCCCCGCCCCGCCCCCUAACUCUGAGGGUGUGUCAGCACCCUGCCAAGCCCCGCCCACAGGGUCACCCAGCCAAUCAGAACUCCCUGGGGUGGAAGAUUACGGGACCACUGUUGUUCCACCAUAAAGACUCUGAUUGCUGCUCUGAAGCAGUGAUUUCCAAACUGGAUCACAUCUGUUCCCUAUUCUUACACCCCCACCUCCCCUCCAUCCUCACACCUGCCCAAUCCUUACACCCCCAUCUAUCCCCCCAUCUUAACAUCCCCUCCCCAAACCCCAUCCUUACCCCCCACCUCCCUGAUCCUUACACCCCUUCCACGCCCUGCCUGCACUCUGCCCCCCCCCCCCCAGGCGCUACAUUAGCUCAGUUUAAUUACCUGUGACAUGACUGUUAUAGGACGGUUGUCUCAGCGGUGUUAAUAAGAAACUGACCCCGGCACUUGAUGUUCUCGAAGCUUCAAGCACGCUUCUGCUAGCACGCUGUGUCUUGUGAUAUUAGCAGUUAGACAUCUUUCUUCCUCUCUGUGUAGAAAUGCUUUUUGCAUUUCUACUAAUCUAAUGUAUAGCAAUGCUCCAAAGUUGUCUUGUCAGUUACCAAAUAUUUUUGUGUGCAUUCAGGAAGCAAAUUAUAUAUAGUCAGACACACACACACACACAUACACGAGGGAUUUUUGAUAUGCUAUACAGUAUUAAUGACGCACCAGCAUAUGUGAAGUGGCAGAGGCGUGGGUGAACACUUUGGUGCCCUCUAGAGGUAAAAGUGGGAAUCGCUUCUGACCAUGGAUUGAGAAUUGGUGCAUGUAGUAUUGAACCGACUUCAACAGUGUUUUUUGACAUUUAGUGAAUUUUUGAGAAUGAAUACAUUUAAAAAUGUAUGAAUUAAACUCACUAAAUGCCAUUUUUAUUAUUUUUGUAGUGAAAUGAUAGCUUUUGCACAUGUUCCUGCUUGAGAGAAAUUUUACAUCAGUAAUGAUAAAUAGAUUUUUAUCAAUCAUUUAUCAUCUUUUAUCAUUUGAAAUUUACUCUUGAAUGAUUUUUUAAAUUAUUUGGCCAUAAUUGAGGUCAAGCGAAUGCGACAUUCUGUGAUCAGGUUCGCUUGAGCUCUUGUUUUUAUUUUACAGAACUGAAUGUCAAUAUAAAUUAAAAUGUAUAUGAAAUGUGA